CUGGUGGCUGACUGGCUGCCCGCGGGAGCCCGAAGGCCGUGAGCGGAGAUAUAAAGGAGGAGCCGGAGGCGGCGGCGGCUGACAUGAGCUUCGGCUGCUUCGCCAGGAAGACGCUGCUUUGCGGGCUGCUGACGGCGCGGGGGCUGACCACGGCGAUGUGUGCUCAGGAAAUGGACUGGAAAGCCGCCCGGUCCAUCUAUGAAUUCCACGCCACGGAUAUCGACGGGAACCCCGUCUCGCUAGAGAAGUACAAGGGUCACGUCUGCAUCAUCACCAACGUGGCGUCGAAAUGAGGCAAGACCCCCGUAAACUACACUCAGUUGGUUGACAUGUUCAACAGAUACGCUGAGCGCGGUUUACGCAUCCUGGCCUUCCCCUGCAACCAGUUCGGCCACCAGGAACCUGGCACGGAGGAAGAGAUCAAGGCUUUUGCCGCAGGCUACGGGGUGAAAUUCGACAUGUUUAGCAAGAUCGAAGUGAACGGAGAGGGCGCCCACCCGCUCUGGAAGUGGAUGAAGAGCCAGCCCAAGGGCAGGGGCACUCUGGGGAAUGCAAUAAAGUGGAACUUCAGCAAGUUCCUCAUCAACAAAGAAGGCCAGGUGGUCAAGAGAUACAGUCCGAUGGACGACCCCUUUGUGAUCGAGAAGGACCUGCCCCCUUACCUGUAGGCCUGGCUCUCACCCCACUGGGCCACCCGCUCUGCUCAGCAGCUGCUCUCCUGCCUCUGGAGUCUGUGCUUCCUGCCCUGAUGACGGCCUGCCUUCAAGCCAACCUGUUGGUGAGGCAGGCCCGAAAACCUGGUGUGUGCAUGCAGGAGGGGAGGCCCCACCAGGCGGGUGGUCAGCGGCUGUGCGGAGUGUGUGUCUGUGUGUGUAUAGCACCUGUUGGCACUGUAGCAAUAAACUUCUUGUUCUCCAA